AAACGGUGUACACGUUUGACACAGAUAUGACUUAUGUGCCUGAAUCCAGAUUACAGUGUUUCAAUGUUAAAUACUUACAUCAAUAUUUAUGUGUAUUUGCAGCAUGCAUGUCCUACUUUUUAAAUGGAUAUCAGUGGGGGUAUCUCAGCCCCGCUUUGGUCAAACUAGGAGAAAAUGGAUAUCAUAAAAUCCCACCGCUAUCAUCAUAUGCUCAAUCUUGGAUGGUCCAGUGGCUUACAAUAGGAUUUACUCCCGGUGCGUUUUUUGCGUCAUAUUCAAAUCAAUGGAUUGGCAGAAAAAAUUCUUUACUGUGUGCGUUUAUACCAAAUUUAGUGGCACAUUUAUGUACAUAUUUUGCCAUGAAUGUCAACAUGCUUUACUUAUCACAAUUUUUACGAGGAUUUCAUACUGGUUGGGUAUUUGUAACUGUUCCAAAUUAUGUUAGUGAAAUAGCUUCACCAAAACUACGUGGUUCAUUUUCGGCCAUGGGGAUUGUAUUUAUGACUAUUGGAAGUCGUGUUGUUUCAAGUACAGUUCAAUCAGUUACAUCUAUUGAAACAACAGCUUUAAUUGGAAUUAUAAUUUCAUUAGUUGAUCUUCCAUUGGUCCUAUCCAUUAGUGAAUCUCCAUACUAUUGUUUAAUGAAAAAUAAUGAAAGAAAAAGUAUGGAUAUUUUAAAAAAACUUCGUAAUUCACAAAAUAUAGGAAAGGAAUUCGAAGAAAUGAAAUCCAUUUUUAACAAAAACCAACAAAUGAAAAAAUCAAGUUCAUGGAUUAAGCUAUUUUCAGAAUCUAUAAAUCUAAAGGUGACGCUUCUGACGGCUGGGGCUGUAACAAUAUUUCAACUAAGUGGUCAAUUGCCAUUGAGUCAUUAUGCUCAUAAAAUUAUAAAAGGUACAGGACUUAAUGUAUCAUUAUUAACUAUUUCGAUAUUUAUUAGCGCAACACGUUUAAUACCAAAUCUUAUCGGUGUUUUUGUUAUUGACUCCUGGGGUCGAAAACCAUUAUUCAUUUUACUAUGUGCUCUGUCAGCCACAGGUCAUUUUCUUAUUGCAUUUCCGAUGUUUUUAAUGGAUAAUACGGAUACGCAUAAUACUAAACUAUUAGGAAUAUUGGAAUUUAUUGGACUUGCAAUUUUUGAAAUAGCAGAAGGAUUUGGUUUCACACACAUGGCUUACACUUUGGCAGCCGAAUUGUAUCCUACAAACAUCAAACCGAAAGGUGCAUCGUUUUUAAAAAUCCUUCAAUCGGUUGAAGGUCUUAUAGUGAUGCAAAUGUUUGAAUUAUUGACAAAUAUUAACCAAUUCAUUCCAUUCUUAUGUAUGGCGGUUGCUAGUUCAUUUGGAGUAGCUUUUGGAAUUCUUUUUGUGCCUGAAACAAAAAGUAAAUCUUUAUCCAAAAUACAAGAAGAUUUAAAUUUACCAUAGUUUUUCUGCAACAAAUGACAAUCUCGAUACUAUCUUUUAAAAUUUAAAUGAAACAAUUUUUCCUUUAAAAUAGAAAAUUGUUUUUUUUAAUAAUGAUACCUCAUUAAAUGGGCAAAAGCCUCUUGAAGAAUUUGAUAAAUUUCUGUCUUAGGCUAGACGGGAUCAUCCUUUGUACAAACUUUGUAAGAUUAUCGUGCCAUUUACGAAUUAGUUACUUUUCUUUUUAC